AUGAAGUCCUUCUAUCUCAUUCUUCUAAUUGGUGCUCUAUUGGUAUCCUGGAAGAUCAAGUCAAGCGAACGUCCCAGUGAUGAUCUCGUGCCUGAUGAUCACCUCGUCCGUCAUGAACGUGGCCUCGUCGAGGCUGCAUUUGACUAUAGUGCGUCACCUUCAACUCAGGCUACAAAGAAAUGUGCCUUGAUCAAUGCUGUGGUAAACGAAACAGCAACCGAGUCUGAGGAACAGACCUGGGUGGUAGACACGGCCAUUCCCACCAGAGCCAGGAGGUACUACAAUAUGGAAGGAUACGAUACUGUGUUUGUUUGCGGCAACGCGGUUGGAAAAAGUAACGAGACGGAUUCAACGUCCUACCGCUACAUGGGCUGCUCUGUAGCCGACUUGACUGGUGCCGUGGCAAAUCCUUCAGUUGUGAAUUGGAGCAGCACCGAUCCAGACACUACUGUCACCGAUGCCUUGUCCACAAGACUUUACAAUGCCUUUGAACAGUCCAUGGCAAGCCUUCCAUCCUCAAUCGAGGGGAUUGAUUUGUUGGACACCUGCCAGUAUUUGGAUAAGAAGCUCCUUUUUGUUACAGAUGAAUUUGAAAUGCUGAUUGAAAAUGCUUUGGAGGAAACCGGUCUCAAGGCCAAUAUCCAGAAUAGAGGUUACAUCCUCGAUGCAGUCUCACAUUGGAAUACUGGAUCGUAUGUUGGCACCUACAUUUCCAGUGUGAGCUAA